AGAUGGCCGACAGCAUACCUUUAAAUCCCGUACGGAAGAGUUCAAGAAAACCAGCGUAUUAUAACGCUGGCAGACCUGCCAGGUGCGUAGAGGGUUGGAUUAUGAUUUUCAAACUCAUCUUUUAACACAAGGCACUCGCGUACCAGCUUGAAGACGAAUACUCAAGCCUUGAUGAGAUGCCCUUGAUGAUGUCAGAGGAAGCAUUCGAAAACGACGACAGCGACUAUCAGACGCUACCCAGAGCCAGAGUCAGUCAAAGACGAAGAGGACUGGCCUGGUUCCUCUGUGGUGGAUGGAAGGUCCUGUGCAGCAGCUGUUGUGAAUGUCUGGUUCACACAUGUCGCAGGAAGAAGGAGCUAAAGCCUCGGACAGUCUGGUUGGGACAUCCCGAGAAAUGUGAAGAGAGGUACCCUAAAAAUGCCAUCAAGAACCAGAAGUACAACAUUGUCACUUUUGUGCCAGGGGUACUUUACCAGCAAUUUAAGUUCUUCCUCAACUUGUAUUUUCUGGUGGUUGCUUGUUCUCAGUUUGUUCCAUCGCUGAAGAUCGGAUAUUUGUACACCUACUGGGCCCCGCUGGGCUUUGUGUUGGCCGUCACUAUGGUGAGAGAAGCGGUUGAUGAAGUUCGGCGAUGCAGGCGAGAUAAAGAGAUGAACUCUCAGCUGUACAGUAAACUCACAAUGAGAGGGAAGAUCAAUGUAAAGAGCUCAGACAUACAGGUCGGAGAUUUAAUCAUUGUGGAAAAGAAUCAGAGGAUUCCUGCUGAUAUGAUUUUCCUGAGGACCUCAGAGAAGACCGGUUCGUGUUUUAUUAGAACAGAUCAGCUGGAUGGAGAGACAGACUGGAAGCUGAAAAUUGCGGUCGCUUGCACUCAAAGACUUUCUGCUUUAGGGGAUCUCUUUUCCAUCAGUGCCUACGUUUACGCCCAGAAGCCCCAACUGGACAUUCACAGUUUCGAGGGGAACUUCACAAGGGAGGACUGCGACCCUCCCAUCCACGAGAGCUUGAGCAUCGAGAACACGCUGUGGGCCAGCACCGUCGUGGCAUCCGGUACGGUCAUAGGUGUAGUGAUAUAUACCGGAAAAGAGACCAGAAGUGUGCUCAACACUUCACAGUCCAAAAACAAGGUGGGGCUGCUGGACCUGGAGUUAAACAGACUGACAAAAGCUCUCUUCCUGGCCCAGGUGGUUCUGGCUAUUGUUAUGGUCGCUCUGCAAGGCUUUCUUGGGCCUUGGUUUCGUAACCUGUUUCGUUUCGUGGUUCUGUUCUCGUACAUCAUCCCCAUCAGUCUGAGAGUGAACCUGGACAUGGGGAAGUCAGCAUAUGGAUGGAUGAUAAUGAAGGAUGAGAAUAUUCCAGGUACCGUGGUCCGAACAAGCACCAUACCAGAGGAGCUUGGGCGGCUGGUGUAUCUGCUCACAGAUAAAACAGGCACUUUAACGCAGAAUGAAAUGUUCUUCAGACGCCUCCAUCUUGGUACCGUCUCGUACGGAACGGACACCAUGGAUGAGAUCCAAAGUCACAUCAUACAGUCCUACGCUCAGGUGAGCACGGCACAAUCUAACGACAGUAGCGCAAGCUCAACACCCUCCCGUAAACCUCAGCCUCCCGCUCCGAAGGUCCGAAAGAGCGUUAGCAGUCGGAUACACGAAGCCGUGAAAGCCAUCGCCCUCUGCCAUAAUGUCACGCCGGUGUACGAGUCCCGCGCAAGCAACGGUGCCAGCACCGAGCCGGAGGGCACGGAGGCCGACCAGGACUUCAGCGACGACAACCGCACCUAUCAAGCCUCUAGUCCUGAUGAGGUGGCUCUGGUGCGCUGGACAGAAAGCAUUGGCUUGACUCUAGUCAACCGAGACCUGACAUCCCUCCAGCUGAAGACCCCAGCUGGACAAAUCCUGACGUACUUCAUCCUCCAGAUCUUCCCUUUUACCUCUGAGAGCAAGCGCAUGGGUAUCAUCGUCAGGGAGGAGGCUACUGGUGACAUCACGUUUUACAUGAAAGGAGCCGAUGUUGCCAUGGCGAGCAUUGUACAGUACAAUGAUUGGCUGGAGGAGGAGUGUGGAAACAUGGCCAGAGAGGGACUGCGGACACUGGUGGUGGCCAAAAAAUCACUCAGUGAAGAGCAGUACCAAGACUUUGAGAAUCGAUAUAACCAGGCCAAGUUGAGCAUUCAUGAUCGUGCUCUGAAGGUGGCAGCAGUGGUGGAGAGUCUGGAGAGAGAGAUGGAGCUUCUGUGUCUCACUGGGGUUGAGGAUCAACUGCAGGCUGAUGUCAGACCGACGCUAGAGCUCCUUCGCAACGCUGGGAUCAAGAUUUGGAUGUUAACAGGAGACAAGCUUGAAACUGCAACUUGUAUCGCCAAAAGCUCUCAUUUAGUGUCCAGAAAUCAAGAUAUCCACGUUUUCAGACCGGUGUCCAAUCGUGGUGAGGCUCAUUUGGAGCUGAAUGCCUUCAGGAGGAAACAUGACUGUGCCCUGGUCAUCUCUGGAGACUCUCUGGAGGUGUGUCUGCGAUACUACGAGCAUGAGUUUGUGGAGCUGGCGUGUCAGUGUCCCGCUGUGGUUUGCUGUCGCUGCUCUCCCACGCAGAAAGCUCAGAUCGUUCGAUUGCUACAACAACACACGGCCAACAGAACGUGUGCCAUAGGUGAUGGAGGAAAUGAUGUCAGCAUGAUCCAGGCAGCAGACUGUGGUAUCGGUAUUGAAGGAAAGGAGGGAAAACAGGCAUCUCUGGCUGCAGAUUUCUCCAUAACCCAGUUCAAGCACAUCGGCAGGCUGCUGAUGGUACAUGGCCGCAACAGCUACAAACGCUCGGCGGCUCUCGGCCAGUUUGUCAUGCACCGCGGCAUGAUCAUUUCCACCAUGCAGGCUGUGUUUUCCUCCAUUUUCUACUUUGCCUCUAUUCCCCUGUAUCAAGGCUUUCUCAUGGUGGGUUACGCCACCGUUUACACCAUGUUCCCUGUCUUUUCCCUGGUGUUGGAUCAGGAUGUGAAACCUGAUAUGGCUUUGCUCUAUCCUGAGCUUUAUAAAGACCUCACUAAGGGCCGCUCCCUGUCCUUUAAGACCUUCCUGAUUUGGGUUUUGAUAAGUGUGUAUCAAGGGGGCAUCCUGAUGUAUGGGGCACUGGUGCUGUUUGAUCAGGAGUUUGUUCAUGUGGUUGCCAUCUCCUUCACUGCUCUGAUCCUGACUGAACUGUUGAUGGUGGCGUUGACCAUUCGCACCUGGCAUUGGCUUAUGGUUGUGGCUGAGCUCAUCAGUCUCGGCUGUUACCUCGCUUCACUCGCCUUCCUCAAUGAAUACUUUGGCAUAGGUCGUGUGACCUUAGGAGCUUUCCUGGAUCUUUCGUUCAUCACGACACGGGUGUUCUUGUGGAAGGUGUGCGCCAUCACGUUGGUCAGCUGUCUGCCUCUCUACAUCAUCAAAUAUCUGAAGCGGAAGUUCUCGCCUCCCAGUUACUCCAAACUGUCCUCUUGAGCUUUCCAGUGUUUACACGGUGUCAACAGGCAUGCAAAUCUUUUAAGCACACUUGAUGGCUACAUAAGCCACCGUGACACACAGAUCUGAUUCACAGCUUGUUAACGCUGAGCGCGAUGUUAACUUAAGUUAACAUCAGCGUACUCGCUGUAUGAGGCUGUUUAUAUAUGCUUAUGCAAUGGCAUGAUGUGAUGCAUAUAUGUACGUAUGACUGGCAUAAGUGAGACGGUUGUAGGGGAAGACAGCAAGUUGUACUGAAUACUUGAAGAGACUAAGGCACAAAAAUGAGACCAAGAUAAACAAAAGGAAAAUAACCAAAAGGUUGUGGGGACACACACUGAAAUGACAGUUGACAGAAAUGUCUUUCUUUCUUGUAUUUCAAUGAAAGUGAAUGAGAACUGGGCUGUCUAUCUCUAUAAUGACAGCUUUGGAAGAGGGUGAGUAAAUGCAGAAUUUUCACUUUGUGGUGAACUCUUCCUUUAAAUGUUUAAAGGAUUAGUCCAUUUUAUUAAAUAAAAAAAAUUCAGAUAAUUUACUUACGACCAUGUCAUCCAAAAUGUUGAUGUCUUUCUUUGUUCAGUCGAGAAGAAAUUAUGUUUUUUGAGGAAA